UGCAGCGGCUGCAGGAGCGGCGGCGGCUGCGGCGGCGGCGGCGGCAUCUCCUCCUCACAUGACCCCACUGUUUGUCCCCGUGAUCAGCGCGAGCGGCUCCCGUAUCUCCUCCGUCCCCUCCUGCCGCGCGGCGUGAGCGCCGGGCUCGGGGCCCCCCCGGCCGCCCGCCCCCUCCCCUCCCUCCCCUCCCCUCCCCUCCCCUCCCCCCCGGGCCCCGCGCCCCCCCCGCCCCCGCCCCCCCCAUGGACAUGCUGGACCCGGGUCUGGAUCCCGCUGCCUCGGCCACCGCUGCUGCCGCCGCCAGCCACGACAAGGGACCCGAGGCGGAGGAGGGCGUCGAGCUGCAGGAAGGCGGGGACGGCCCAGGAGCGGAGGAGCAGACAGCGGUGGCCAUCACCAGCGUCCAGCAGGCGGCGUUCGGCGACCACAACAUCCAGUACCAGUUCCGCACAGAGACAAAUGGAGGACAGGUGACAUACCGCGUAGUCCAGGUGACUGAUGGUCAGCUGGACGGCCAGGGCGACACGGCUGGCGCCGUCAGCGUCGUGUCCACCGCUGCCUUCGCGGGGGGGCAGCAGGCUGUGACCCAGGUGGGUGUGGAUGGGGCAGCCCAGCGCCCGGGCCCCGCCGCUGCCUCUGUGCCCCCAGGUCCUGCAGCGCCCUUCCCGCUGGCUGUGAUCCAAAAUCCCUUCAGCAAUGGUGGCAGUCCGGCGGCCGAGGCUGUCAGCGGGGAGGCACGAUUUGCCUAUUUCCCAGCGUCCAGUGUGGGAGAUACUACGGCUGUGUCCGUACAGACCACAGACCAGAGCUUGCAGGCUGGAGGCCAGUUCUACGUCAUGAUGACGCCCCAGGAUGUGCUUCAGACAGGAACACAGAGGACGAUCGCCCCCCGGACACACCCUUACUCUCCAAAAAUUGAUGGAACCAGAACACCCCGUGAUGAGAGGAGAAGAGCCCAGCACAACGAAGAGUGGAGGUCCUGCUAUGCUGCCCAGGCUCGUCUUGAACUUCUGGCCUCAGGUGGUCCUCCGGCCUCGGCUACAGGCCUGAGCUGCCACGCCCAGUCUUGCUGGUGUUUCAUAAGGUCCGGCCCCUCCCGUCGGCCUCAGGUGUAUGACUUGUGAGGCCCAGCGACGGGCUCGGAAGCUCUUGGUCAGUAUCCCCCAAACUCUGUUCCCACUUGUAGGUGUUCCUCUUUUUUCUUUGCUGCAGAAGAGUGUGUGACUCACAAAAAGUUGAGGACUGUUCCUUGAUGUCCUCCCAGGCUUCGCCCACCACCUGGCUCCUGGUAAUGCAAGGAACUGUGUUUCCAUCCAUUCCAUUCCUCUCACUGCAACUCCAGCCCCACGUUUUGAACUACCUAUUCAAGAUUUCCGUCUCUGGACAUCCCUGUAAUGCCUCAAACGCAACUCGCCCAAAAGAGAAUGUGCCAUCUCCCGUCUCCAAAGGCUUUCAUGCAACCUUCUUCUUUGCAGAGCAGCAAAAGCUACCCCUGUCACAGCUGCCCAAGCCAGAAACUAAGACCAGAGCCGCUUUCAACUCUGCCCUCUUCUUCCCUUAUGGCCACAAACCCCAAGUUUCUGUUCUAUGGUGAAUUUCAGAUCCGCUUCUCUCACUUCUUUUUCCCUCCUUCCCACCACUUCUUGGUACUGCAGGAGCUUAUCCCAGAGUCACAAACUCAAAUGCCUGCAGGGGCCUGAGGGAGGGAGGUGCACUUGGCAUGUCAGGAAGGGAUGUGUGGCUGGGUGUGGUGGCUCACGCCUGGAAUCCCAGCACUUUUGGGAUUACAUUUUGGCCAAGACGGAUGGAUCACUUGAGCCCAGGAGUUUGAGACCAUCCUAGGCAAUGUGACAAAACCCUGUCUCUACCAAAAAAAUUAAAAAUUAGCUAGGCCUGGUGGUACAUGCCUGUAAUAGUCCCAGCUACUUGGGAACCUGUGGUGGGAAGAUGGCUUGAGCCCGGGAGACAGAAGUUGCAGUGAGCUGAGAUUACUCUCCAGCCUGAGCAACAGACCCAAACCUUGUGUCAGAAAAAAAUAGGAAAGGUUGUGGGGGGCCCCCAGUGAUCUGGGGCAUGUGUGCGCUGCCUGAAGGGUGGCCCUUGCCCAGUGCCUUCCCCUUGCUGCCCUGUCAGAAUCUAGGGCCACUGUUGCCAGAAACUCUGAGAAGCUAGAAAUCGAGACUUUUAUGUGAAAUCUGAUUUUUAGGUGCCAGAUGAGAUUGCUUUUUCCGUUUCAUUGAUUUCUACUCUUAAUGUUACUAAUUCAUGCUUCUACUCACUUGGUUUUUUGUUUGUUUGUUGUUUUGUUUUGAGAUGGAAUCUCGCUCUGUCACAGUGGCGCAAUCUCAGCUUACUGCAUCCUCUGCCUCCCCGGUUCAAGUGAUUCUCCUGCCUCAGUCUCCCAAGUAGCUGGGACUACAGGUGCCCGCUGCCACACCAGCUAGUUUUUGUAUUUUUAGUAGAGACGGGGUUUCACCAUGUUGGCCAGGCUGGUCUCGAACUCCUGGCCUCAGGUUAUCCACCUGCCUCAGCCUCCCAAAGUGCUGGGAUUACAGGAGUGAGCCACUGCACCCGGCCCCUUCUACUCACUUUGGAUUCAAUUUGCUAGGUUUCAUGCUUUAGCUUCCCUGGCACACCCCAACCCCAGCUUUUUAAGGUAAUUCUUUUUUUUUUUUUUUUUUUUCAAUUUUCUACUAAAAUCUUUAUUUUACAGGAUUAAUGUUUCACAGCAGGGAUUGAGAUGAUUCUUAACCUUUCUCUUUGCUUAACAGCAUUUAGAGUUGCCAGUUCACUCCAGCAUCACUUUAGCUACAUCCCACUGGGAUGUGUUGUGUUUUUGUUAUCAUUCAGUUUAAAGUGUUUUCCAAUUUUCCUUGUGAUUUCUUCUUUGACCUUUCUGUUAUUUGGAGGCAGGUUGCUUAAUUUCCAAAUAUUUGUGGGUUUUCCAGAUAUCUUUUUGUUAUUGAUUUUUAAUUUAGUUCUGUUAUGGUCAGAGAACAUACUCUGUAUGAUUUCAGUUACUUGAAAUUCGAUGAGACUUACCCGACGGGCCCGAAUGUGUCCUAGCUUGGCGGAAGCUUCUGGGGCAUUGACGAGGACAGGUGUCUGCUGCUGUCAGGCAGAUUGUCCCCCUAGGUCAGUGAGGUCAGGCUGGUUGAGUGUUCAGGCUUUCUAUUCUGAUUUUUUUUGUUGUUGUUUACUUGUUCCACCAAUCAAUGAGAAAGAUGUCCAUGUCUCUCACUAUAUUUGUGGAUUUGUCCAUUUCUUCCUUCAGUCCUGGCAGGUUUCGCUUCUGAAUUUUCUCUCUUUUUUUUUUUUUU